AAGAGAGAAUCAAUUCAGAACUUUUUCAAACCCGUUGGUUCAAGCUCUCGGCCAUCAGAACAUGAUACUACUGUAGACAACGACAACGUUCAACCUAGCGAACAGAAUCACCCAAAUUGUACUGAUGGUGAUGCCCAAAUUGAUCAUGAUGUUUCCGUGCCAGAAGCUACGGAAGAAGAUACAAUUAUAACCACAAGUUAUGACCGAGAGCCCGGGCGACGUCUUCAAAUUUGGCAACUUCCUCCCGAUGAGCAUGAUGCUGCUAGGCGCUUUUAUAUAUCUAAAGGGGCUUAUCAACCAAUCUUAAAGCCAGAUGAGUAUGAAUUUACUGGGACAGGGGCUGGCCGUAGGCGAUUCCAAAGUGAUUGGUUCACGAAUCAUUGGUGGUUGGAGUAUUCACCUCUAAAAAAUUGUGCCUAUUGUUUGCCUUGUUUUCUCUUCUCAAAGAAGCCAAUUGGGAAGUGUGGUUCAGAUACAUUCACAGUGAGCGGAUUUGAUAAGUGGAAGAAAGUUAACAAUGGAAAAGAAUGUGCUUUCCUCAAGCAUAUGGGCACUACUCCCAGCUCGGCUCACAAUUUUGCAGUUCGGUGUUAUGAAAACUUGAGAAACAGACUUAAUCAUGUUGAUGAGGUGAUGAAAAAGCAAACUAAGAAGCGGGUUCUUGAUGCAAGACUAAGGCUAAAGACUUCCAUUGAUGCCAUGAGGUGGCUAAUGUUUCAAGCAUGUCCCUUCAGAGGAAAUGAUGAGUCUGAGGAUUCCAAGAACCAAGGUAAUUUCAAGGAAAUGAUUAAGCUUUUGGCGUCUUAUAACAAGGAUGUACAUGAAGUUGUACAGAAUGCUCCAAGAAAUGCAAAGUACACCUCAGCAACUAUUCAAAAGGAAAUUGCUAGCAUAUUUGCUGGAAAAGUGAAAACCUCAAUUAAAGAAGAACUUGGUAAUAGCAAAUUCUCUAUCUUGGUUGAUGAAUGUAGAGACGAGUCUAAAAAAGAGCAGAUGGCAGUAGUUCUUCGAUUUGCAAACAUAGAAGGGGUGAUAAGAGAACAUUUUCUUGAUCUUGUUCAUGUUAGAGACACUAGUGCUUUGACUCUCAAGAACACAAUUAUUGCCGUCCUAGUUGAUAAUGGGUUGAAUGUGCAAGAUAUUAGAGGCCAGGGAUAUGACGGGGCAAGCAACAUGAGGGGGGAGUGGAAUGGGCUGAAAGCUCUAAUUCUCAAAGAGUGCCCUUAUGCAUACUAUAUCCAUUGUCUUGCACAUCAACUCCAAUUGGCUCUUGUUGCUGCUUCAAGGGAGGUACAUGAGGUCCAUAAUUUUUUUCAGCAUGCAAAUUUCAUUGUAAAUACAGUUAGUGCAUCUCCCAAACGGAAUGAUGAACUGUUAGAAAAUCAGGCUGCUGAAAUUGCUAGUGAGAUUGAAUUGGGAGAGCUUGACACAGGAAGAGGGGCCAAUCAAAUAGGUUCUUUACAAAGGGCCGGAGACACGAGAUGGAGUUCCCACUACAAAUCUAUCAAAAGUUUGUUAAAGAUGUUUGCCGCAACUGUUACAGUGCUAAGAAGUGUAGCAGCUGAUCGUUCAGCUACAAGGAACUCAAGAGGUGAUGCCGGAGGUGCCUUGAAAAUCCUACUGACAUUUGAUUUUGUGUUCAUUCUACACUUAAUGGAAAGAAUCAUGAAAAUCACAGAUGUCUUGUGUCUCAAACUUCAACAUAAAUCUUUGGACAUUGCAAAUGCAUUAGAUUGUGUUUCUAACACAAAGGUGUUGCUUGGUGAACUAAGAGAAGAUGGAUGGGACAACCUUUUUGAAGAUGUGAAAUCCUUUUGUGUGAAACAUGAGAUUGACAUCCCGGACAUGGAUCAAAAGUAUGUUGAUGUGACGAAAUCUCGAAAUAAACAUGACAACACCACAGUUAUCCAUCAUUACAAAGUAGAUGUGUUUAAUGUUGCAAUAGAUCAACAAGUGAUAGAGUUGAAUGAUCGAUUUAGUUCUCAUGUUACUGAGCUUCUAGAUCUUUGUUCAUCAUUGGACCCGAGGCAUGAUGCCUUCAGCAAGUCAAAGAUAUGCAGACUAGUGGAGAAAUUCUAUCCUGCAGAUUUUUCUAGUCAAGAAAGAGAUCGGUUGGAGUGCGAGCUACCACAUUUCCAGCUUGAUACAUUCAACCAUCCAGAGAUCAAGAACUGCAAAUCACUUGCUGAUCUAACAAAAGGGAUAGUUAAGACUGGCAAGUCUUCUGACUAUCCAAUGGUUGAGAGGCUGUUACGAUUGGUGAUAACUCUUCCGGUUUCAACUGCAACAGCAGAGCGAGCCUUUUCUGCAAUGAAACUAGUCAAGACGCGGCUUCGAAGCAAAAUGGGAGAUGGUUUUCUUUGUCAUUGCACGCUAGUUUACAUUGAGAAGGAACUUGCAGCCAAGUUUAGCUCUGAAGAAAUAAUUGAUAUCUUCGAUACUGGUGCUCGUAAAGCAGAAUUCAAAUUGAUAGAAAUGUAA